AAAGAUUUACAUGUCUCUAACAUAAUGAGCAACCACAACAAUAUCAAUACUCAACGGUCUUUGCGACUUGCCAACGAUGCAAAUGCAUGGUACAACAACGGUGGUAGGGACUCAUUUUUGGACAUUAUAUCUCCACCAUCGCGCCUUUUUCCUCAUAUCCUGAAUGAGAGAGUUGGUAUUGAUCCAUGGUUGUGGUCCUUCGAGAAUAGAAUCUUCACUUUACCUUCCUCCAUAAUGAGUUUUCCACAACCUCGAAUGCGUCUUGUGGUGUUGCAAAACAAUUUGGCAAACCACACGAAUUUGAGGUCAAGAGAAAUGGAUCGAUCACAAACACAAACACAACUACAAACACGUGAUUCAAACAAUCAAACAAAAGCUUUAGAGAAGCUUAGGAAAGAGAUUUACAAUCCUAUUCCAAAGAAGAUUAUACAAAGGUUGGGUAGGUUUUACUCUGAAAAGGAUGGUGGAAAGACCACAAAAGAAGUAUACAAAGAAGAUGAUGAUUAUGAUAAUAAAAGAUGUGUCAUAUGCUUAGAAGACUUCGAAGCAAAACAAGUGGUGAUGGUGACACCGUGUAAUCAUACGUUUCAUGAGCAAUGUAUCUUGCCUUGGGUGAGAACCCAUGGUAGAUGCCCGGUUUGCAGGUUUUCUUUUUUGUGAAAGGACUAAAGACAGAAUUCUAAUUAUAGCAUUGUACUUUGAAAAAUCUACACAAUUAUAGAAUUAUACUUAAACUUUUCUUUAUUUAAACCCAAAUA